AUGGCUGACUCGCCUUGUCCGCAUUGUCAACUUUUCGGCAAACCUUUAGCACGAAUCAAUUUUAUAAUUAUCGCGGGUUCAUCGAACAGUAUGGUGUAUCAACGAGUCAAACAUCUUAUCAGAGAUUCUUCAGGAAUAAAUUCGCCAGUGCAGGAUAUCAAUUACACCAAUUAUGAUUCUUUGAUGAAUAUCAGUGAUCAGCUGUUCAAUCAUCAAACCCAUGAAGAAGUUGUGGAUCCAUCCAAAUCACUCUCGACAGAGAAAUGUUGCCAUGGACUCGAAGUUUUUCCGAUUGGUAUAAGUGAUGUAUUGGAUUCUGCUCAAUUACAAAUAUUUAAAAAAGAUAUUCUAAAUUUACUUGAACUAAAAGCUGACGAAGAUGUACAAACUAAAGAUAAAAUAGCUGAACCUGCCAGUUGGAUUAUGAUGAAUGGAUCUGUAUGUUUAGAGCCAGCAUUACUUAAUGUGCUUCUUCAAUUAAAAGAUGAGAAUCUUUCAUUAGUUAAUUUCAGUUUCGCGGUUCUUUGUUUACUGGUCAACGAACAACGACUGUUUAUCAAUUGGCUAUCCCUUACUGAAUCUAUUGAAGAAUAUCGCACAAAAGCUUACCCUGAAUACAGUGAACGCAUUAAACGAUUUUUCUCUUUGUUGCAUUCUUCAACUCGUCUCCAACAGAACACAUUACUUGUAGAAGAAAACGAGGAAUUAACAGAUAAAAAGUUGCGAGGCUUACUAGAAGACCUCUUUCGAAAUCAAACAUCUCAACACCGCGCUAUUCAUGCUCGACUUCGUUCUAAUAUGUCCAAAUUAUUACAACCUCGCCGUCGAACAGUACGUGAUAUACGUGCUGUAAGAGGUAAUUUACAGAAAGACUAUCAGCGUAGUGCUGCUGAUCUAUUAAAACUGCUUCUUAGUAAUCUACGAGAACCCAGCACAGCUGAAGAUACUGUUCGUCGGGUAGUUCGGUUGGUGCUCGAUGGAUUCGAACUUAUGAGUGUAGAAGAAAGACGACCUUACUUUCGACAAUUAAUGUGCGGUGUUCGAUCCACUGAUGCUAGAAAUUCCAAUACAAUCACUGCACAAAUGAUUCAUUACGCUCUUCGAUUACUUGAAAACUAUCAGGAUGCGUCAGUACCACUUAUAUAUUCAAUCACUCUGACUAUUUGCCGAUUAAGUUGUCAUUUUAUUUUUCGUCAUGAAUUAUUUAAUAAUACACCUGAAAUAUACACAUUGUCUAUGUUACUUGUUACUCAACGGCACUAUGCUCUUACUAUAGGUGGUCUCCGACUAUGUUCAAUGAUUUUGGAUGCUGAUCUAAAUGAACAUAAAUAUGCUAUUGCUUACUUAAAACAUGAUCCAUUAGCAUCAAGAAAAAUUUUAGAUGCAAUCAAAUGGCUUCUGUCACCAUACACACACUUACAAACUCUCUGGACACAAAAAUCGGAGCACGAAAUAGAUUCUGAGUGA